UAAAUUGGUACAAAAUCGAAGAAGAAGACGUUGAAACGUUUACAGCUGACACUGCUAAGCAAAUAAUACGCCAAGUGAGGGAUUCUUUUCCAAACCCUGUCUACCCAAUGAGACAAAGUAAUGAAACUAUCUACGUUGACUCUGAGAAGGAAAAUGAGUUUGUUGUUGAUUUCCUGGAGAAAGAAUUUGGCAGCGACUUGAAGUCUUCUAAGAAUGUCGGCGACCUGCUGGAAAGACUGAAAGAGGAAAAUGGCACACUCGUGGACCAGGUUCAGACUGUGUGCAGUUUGGUGCCACCUCGAGUUUCAGCAGUGCUGUCUGCUGCAGCAAAGGCCAGAUGUUCCUUGGGGGACCUACUGCAGAAAGAGCAGUGCAUCUCCAACAUGUUGGACCAGAACCUACAAGGAGCCAAACUGUGGAUGGAUGAUCUUAGCCAGAUGUGUGACCAAGUAGACUAUGUAAAGAGACACAUGAAUUACCUUGGGGUCCUUCAUCACAUACAGGAACUCAGUGGUGCAGUCCAGCAGUGUUUGAUGAUCAACAGUGUCUGGGAAGCUAUAAGGGCAGUGGAUAGCAUGGCAGUACUGUACUCUGGAUUGGACCAGUCAAAAUGUUCGCAUCUUCAAAACUUUCUCAGAGAAACACUUUGUUUCUGGCACAAUAUCAUCAAGGAGCGUCUGACCAGUGAUUUUGACAAAAUAUUAGCUCAACUUCAUUGGCCAAUCAUUUCUCCCUCGACUCAGACACUGACGGUCAGUUGCAGUAAUCAGGAAAUCGCCAGCCAGUUGGAAGUUGUUGUCACGCAGCUGCUUGCACUGCAGAUCUCAUAUCCUUUCACUAAGAUAUGCUCAGAACCGGAAUGGUAUCUCACUCAGAUUCUGAUAUGGAUGGGGAACAGCUCAACUUUCAUGGAGGAAAAGAUCCAACCUGUCUUUGAACAAGCUGGUGCAACUGUCAAUGCCAGGGUGGAGUUGUAUCGUGGCAUGGUGUCUCUUGUCCAGGAAAAGGUAGCAAGUGAUGCUUCCAGGCUGCUGUAUGACGAUGUGCAAUUCUGCCACUUAGUGGAGGAGGUGCUACAGUUUGAGAAGGAGCUACGAAACAAUCAUUCAUACCCUGCAGUACUGCCUGGUCUGCUUCACAUACUACUUGAGGAUACAGUCCUUCAGAAGUGGCUCACGGUAGAAAAGAAAAUGGCAGUAGAGAAGAUGGAUACCAUGCUGUCAGCUGACGGUGCAUGGAGCUCCCAGUAUAAAGAUAUCAAUGACAUGGAUGAGCUGAAGGCUCCAGAUUGUGCUGAGACAUUCAUGACUCUGCUACAAGUCAUCACUGAACGGUAUCGAACUCUGCCCUGCCCUUCAGCACAGUUCAAGUUUCUGAGGCUGCAAACAGAGCUGGUUGAUGACUUCCGCAUACGACUCACACAGGUGAUGAAAGAAGAAUCUCGCUACCCACUGGGUGUCCCCUAUUGUGCCAUCCUUAAUGCUGUCAACUAUAUUUCUACCAUCCUUAGAGACUGGGGAGAUGAUGUGUUCUUUCUACAGCUGCAGCAGGCAGCUGUUUCACUGAGUGAGGAAGUGGUGCUGGGGAGCCUUGGUAUGAUCGAGGUUGGACGCUUGGCUUCGCUGGAGGGAUCACUUUUUGAUGGUCUGUUGGCACUGCUGGACAGAUUGAAAGGGGACAUGUUAGGAAGACUGUUGGAAUAUGUCAUGAGAGAAAUUGCAGAAAAAGCCAAACCCUUCUGUCAAGAAAGGUGGUUGUCCCUGGCAUCCCAGCAAGACCAGUCCACUAUGUCCCUGUCUAGUUCAGCAUGUCCCAUGAUGUUGUGUGUAAGGGACAGACUGCUGAAUCUUCAGCAGGUCUUGAGUCUGUCUCUGUUUCAACUGGCCUGGCAGGGCUUGGCAGAUCGACUUGACAACUUUCUCUACCAAGAAGUGAUCCUGUCUAAUCACUUCAGUGAUGGUGGAGCAGCCCAGCUUCAGUUUGACAUGACCAGAAAUCUAUUUCCUCUAUUUGGUCAUUACUGUAAAAGACCUGAGAACUUCUUUAAGCAUGUGAAGGAGGCAUGCAUCAUCUUGUGUCUGGCUUCGGGCUCUGCUGUUCUUUUAAGAUCUAUCCUUAAAGAAUCUGAACUCGAGACCAGAGAUUGCGAAGGUACAGGGGAUCCUCCACCACAGUCUGUUCUGAAUGAGUUGGGGGUUUACUGUUUAGCACCCUGUGAUGUGUUCAUUCUUCUGAACCUCAGAGCCUCAUGGCCAGGACAGUAACUUUGCAUACUGGUAUUACUAUUUGAGAAGAAUCCAUCAGAUUUGCAGCAUGACUGCUUUCAUAACCAUCAUGUAUUUACAUUUUAUGUUAUGUUUUAUGUUAUUCAUAAUGAAGUGUAAAAUUGAUCAGUUAUGGAUGUAUAAAUGAUUAUAACAAAAUUAAAACAAUAAGUUCAC